AUAUAACAAAUUUGACCACAUACAUUCCACUUUGUCUCACUAAAACCUCUCCUACUUCACCCCUUCUCUCUCUUGAAAUCAUGGCCGAGGAAUCACCACCACCACCACCCCACGGCCACCCCACCACCAAAAUGGCCGCUGCAGACGAAAAGCCCCACCACAAGGAACAACAACCGCCCUAUCCCCACCACCGCGGCGGCCAUCCCCCCAAAGACCCCCGCCGCGCCAUCUGCGCCGCCGCCGCCAUCAUCCUCCUCCUCCUCGGCUCCGCCGCCCUCGCCCUCUACCUCAUCUACCGCCCCCACCGCCCCAAAUUCCGCGUUCUCAGCGCCGCCGCCUACCAGCUCAACACCUCCUCCCCUCCCUUCGUCACCGCCACCGCCCAGUUCACCCUCGCCGCGACCAACCCCAGCCGCCGCGCCGCCAUCCUCUACGACCCCUUCUCCGCCUACGUCUCCUACCGAGGCCGCGCCAUCACGCCCGCGGCGUCGCUGCCCCCGCUCGUGCAGGAGCGGCGGAGCACGGUGGCGCUGUCGCCGCUGCUGGGCGGCUCGGCGGUGCCGGUGGAGGCGGAGCUGGCGAACGCGCUGGCGAUGGACGAGGCGUACGGGGUGGUGGAGCUCAGGCUGGUCAUGACCGGGAAGAUGAGGUAUAAGGUUGGGGCGUUCCGAAGCCGGCGGCGCGGGGUUUCUAUCGCUUGUGAUAUGUUGAUCAGUUUGAAGAAUGGAUUCGUCGGAAAACUCACUCUUCUUGGAUCGCCGCCCUGCAAAGUUUACCUUUGAUUUUUUCCAUUUUUGUAAUGUUUUUGUAUCACUAAUUAUCACAAGUGUAAUAAUUCGAAUAAUCGAAUCGAACAAAAUGUUGUUACUA